CAACCACAUUACUAUUUUAGCAUGAACAAAUACUCUCCAUGUAAAAGAGCAAUCUGAAAAAAACAAACAAGAAAAAAAAAAUCAACCACUACCAUGAAAAUGCUUUUGGCAAGCUACUUCUUCUUCUUGCUCUUUUUACGACAACCUUCUUCGUCAUCCCUAGGCACCAUUAAUCCCGGUCAAUCCAUCAAAGACGGUAAGACUCUAGUUUCAGCUGGUGGAAAGUUUGAGCUGGGAUUUUUCGAACCAGAAAAUUCAAAAAAGCGUUAUUUAGGAAUAUGGUACAAAGAUCCAUCAGCUUAUGCAGUAAUUUGGGUAGCAAACAGAGAAACCCCACUUAUUGAUCGCUCAGGAGUUUUGCUUAUCUCUAACCAAAGCCUUCUAAUCAUCUUAAAUAGCAAAAAUAUAGCAAGAAAUCAACACAGUUUGGUCGAUCUAACAGAACAAGCAAAUGUCCCAAGAAUCCAAGGUUUUGAUUCUCCAUGUGGAAUUACUAAUUUGCUGUGGCAGAGUUUUGAUUCUCCAUGUGAUACAUUACUUCCUGGAAUGAAAAUAGGAAGGAAUUUUUUAACUGGUCAAGAGACGUUCCUAACAUCUUGGAAGAGUGAAGAUAAUCCUGGCCACGGCCAAUUUUCAUUCUGGAUAGAUCCGGCUGGAUUUCCUCAGCUUGUUGUGAGAAAUGGAACUUCUAAGCAUUACAGACUUGGUUCGUGGAAUGGCGUUCGAUUUACAGGAACUCCCCUGUUGCCAUCAUAUGUUGAUUUCCUCACAUAUGAAUUUGAAUUGAAUAAAAAUGGAGUCUAUUAUAGUUAUAAGGUUGAAGGUACUCUAUUGUCCAGGUUAUUAAUGAAUCGAUCGGGCUUCUUGGAGAAAUUUGUGAGAAUAAAUCAUCCUUGGAUACAUAUAUGUUUUGAACCAUUACAUGAAUGUGAUACAUACUCAGUUUGUGGUGCUAAUAUGAAAUGUAAUAUUAUUGAUAAUUCUCAUACAUGUGAUUGCUUAGAGGGCUUUAUAUUGGAAUCUUCCAAAAAUAGGAGCAAUCACUGUGUUCGAAAAACUCCAUUGGAUUGCAAAAAGGGUUCCGUUUUUCAUAAGUAUAUAGGUUUGAAGUUACCAGAUACAUCAGAUUCUUGGUAUGAUAUGAAUAUGACACUUGCAGAAUGUAAAGAAGAGUGUUCAAAAAACUGUUCUUGCACUGCAUAUGCAAAUUCAAACAUCAUUGGAGAAGGCAGUGGCUGCGUGCUAUGGUUUGGCGAACUGAUUGAUAUGAGAUAUUACACUGAAGGUGGUCAAGAUAUCUAUAUAAGAAUGUCCUCUUCAAAACCAGCAGAUCAGUACAAAAAGGAGCUGAUUGGUAUCAUUGUCAGCUCUGCUAUACUUAUAGGAAUGCUUGUGGUGGGGAUUAUAGGUUGCAUAAGGAAAAAGAAACAGAGAAAGCGAGAAAAAGUAAAAGGCAGUUAUAUAGAAUGUUAUGAAGAUGGAGAGGUAAAGGAAGACAUGGAAUUGCCAAUAUUUGAUUUGCCUACAAUAGCUAAAGCCACAGAUAAUUUUUCCAGUAUCAACAAACUGGGGCAAGGUGGUUUUGGACCUGUCUACAAGGGUACAUUGACUAAUGGGCAAGAAAUAGCAGUCAAAAGGCUUUCAAAGAGUUCUGGACAAGGGUUAACAGAGUUCAAAAAUGAAGUUAUUUUGAUUGCAAAACUUCAGCACAGAAAUCUUGUUAAACUUCUUGGCUGCUGCAUUGAGAAAGAUGAAAAAAUGUUGAUAUAUGAAUUCAUGCCGAACAAGAGCUUAGAUUUUUUCAUUUUCGAUCAAAUGAGAAGCAAUUUUCUAGAUUGGAAAAAGCGCUUUCACAUUAUUGAGGGAGUUGCCAGAGGGCUUGUUUAUCUUCAUCAAGACUCUAGACUAAGGAUUAUACACAGAGAUCUCAAAGCAAGCAAUGUGUUAUUGGAUAAGGACAUGAAUCCCAAGAUUUCUGACUUUGGUUUGGCUAGAAUAUUUGGUGGGGACCAAACAGAGGCUAAUACAAAUAGAGUGGCAGGAACAUAUGGUUAUAUGUCGCCGGAGUACGCAGUGGACGGGCUUUUCUCGAUGAAAUCAGACGUCUUCAGCUUUGGCGUAUUAAUACUGGAGAUAGUAAGUGGAAAGAAAAAUAGAGGGUUUUUCCACCAAGAACACAACCACAAUCUUCUUGGACAUGCAUGGAAACUGUGGAUAGAAGAGAGGUCAAUGGAAUUAGUUGAUAGAAAGCUAAGAAAGCUAGAAUCUUUAUCCAUGUCUGAGAAGUGUUAA